AUGGACCCCAUCGGCCUCAGCAUUGGGCUCGUUGGUCUCUCUAUCCUAGCGACAACAUGCCUCAAAGCCUUCCAAAGGGUGUCGAAAAUCGAUCAAGACCAUGGGGUGCUGCAAGCGCGGUUUUCGGUAGAAAGAGAUCGCUUCUUGAUGUGGGCUCGCACAGCGGGCGUGCUACAGGAAGACCUUCGAAAGCCCAUUCUGCAACGGCCUUACACCGACGAUGCUAGGAUUUACACCAAUGAGGAAAUCCUGAAGAUCUUGAUGGCCAUCGCGUUCCUGACUGGUGACUGUACCAGGGAGAAACUAGGAACAGAGCGUGUGAUGGCCAUCGAUGCGUUACUGGCAGACGGCAUAACACGGAGAACGAAAGCGCGUACACCGCACAUGAAAUUACUGGAGAGGCAGGUUGCCAAGGUCGUCUGUGGAACUCCGCCUCCACGAUACGGUACACUGGAAGACUUAUGGAAAAAUCCAGUAUUGUCACCGACAGAGCGGUAUCGGCUUCUUGAGCGUAAUAUCACUGAGUUGACAGAUCAUAUCGGCGAGCUUGAGUGGAUGACAGCGAAGCCUUGGGUACGGCGACGCCCACCAAUCGAAGUCGAUAUCAAAGAGCUAUUGUUGGAGCCAUCAUCGCACAGCCCUACGACAGCAAAGCCUGUCGGAGCGGCUACAGAGAGCAUAUCCGCGACCGAUUCAGUGGUGCAAUCCGUCGUUGACAACUUUGACAGACAACCGGGCAUUGGAGUCGGCCAGGCGCGGCGACCGCCGGUAGCCUUUCCCCAAAGAUUGUGGGAGAGCAUCAAAGAAGAGAUUCGCACUCGCCCUGUCUCUGUAUCGGUAGCCAGUGUUGCUUCGAUGACGGCAGUGGUCUCGAUAGUACGAAGCUGUGCGUGA